CAGUCUGCUAACCUACACUACCGUGGUAAGAAAAGCUGGGUGAUCGCUCGCUCGUGGUUGUCAGGCACUUAACGAUACAAAAGGCACAAGCCAAAAUAGAAGAAGAAGAAGAAGCAAACUACUAGGGUUCCUCAAGGUUUUUGUUUGUACUGGCAACAGCAACUGGGUUUCGGAAGAGAUAUGGUACUUCAAUUAGGCAGACGUGCACGAGCUCCUUGGAGCCACCGCAACAGCCAAUUUCGGCUAACUAUAUUGCUCCCCUUCUAGAUGUACAAUUUGAUCGGGACUAGCUAAGCAAACGCACUUCAACCCCUUGCUUUUGAUUUCUCUCGUGGAUCACAGUUGCCUCGACAUCAGCCAGGAACAUAGAGAUCUUCGAGAGCUUCACUUCCAGAGUGCUUUCGUAGUUGCGGCAAGGAUUGCUCAAGGACGAGUAGCUGUAUCUUGGACUAUUACCUAUAGUCCAAGUCUCGCUGCCUGUGUGACUGAGUAUUCCUUUACGGUCAAAUCCUACUUUUUGAAUACCCCCUGUCGCCUCAGUGGUUCAUGAAAGUAGCUCUGGGGUUCUGAAGAGGGGAGCAAUGGACUUUUCUCAGCUCCAAUGGAUGGUUCGAGGAGCAGCUGUCCCUGGUAUUAGCAUCGUCCGAUCUGUGACUGGCUGUACUCGUCCCUCUAUACUCGCAAAGCUUUACCAGUGAAUCUUUGAAAAACUGGGACUCGAGCUGGGACUGAAGAGUGCUUUUUUCAUCCAUACCAGUGAAAAGAGCACUGCAAGUGGGAGUCGAUGAAUGUGCGUACCGGUAAAGGAGGCGUGUGGGACAUGACGCACAAAGCCAAGAUCCAGAAGAUCCAAAAUUUGAUGGCACGAAGUUUCACAAAAGAGCAUUUGCAAAAGAGGAGAAAACUCUGGCGACUUCAUUAGGGAUGAGGUAUAUUCGAAUGGAUUUUAUUCGAAUAUUCUAUCAAAUCGAAUGAAUCAUUGAUGAUUCGGUACUCCGUCAAAGCCGUAUUGCAGCCUUGCUGUCUUGAAUAAUCAAGGAGUAAAAGGUCAUUGUUCGGUCCAGUAUGUUGCCCAGUGUGUCUUGUAUCCAAGAUUACCCUAAUGCUUCUGUCAGAAUGCGAGUCAUCCAGGUCUUCUUCGUAUCGUUUUUGCUGCCGUUUGUCGUCUUACCUCACAUUUCUGAAACUUGAAUUCAGUCCACGCAUUUGGCUGUUCUUAUAAUAUUGUUGUAGUACACGUAGAAAAUGAUGGCUUUGGACGGCUCUUGUGCUCGUCUCGCACGGCUCUUGGUGUUUCUUCUGUUUGUCGCCACCCCGAGUUGGGCCACCCACGAAAGCACAGAGGCUCCCUCAGCAGGUCCUGUUUCCACCGAAGCACCCACAGUCACGCCUGUGUUCACUCUUCCUCCCGCGAUAAAUCUCCCUCCAGCAAUCAACUUGCCACCGUCAUUUACCCUGCCGCCUGGUAUCACCCUUCCACCGGCAUUUACUCUGCCGCCAAUCCUUAAUCCCAGCACAGAGGCUCCGUCUGCGCUUCCGACUUUGGCUGGUGAAAUCCCCAGUGGGAAUCUUCUGGAGUUUUCACUUGGAUAUGGAUUCUUUCCAGGGACAACAAUCCGAGAACCGACGGAAUCCGAAGUGGAGGACCUCAGAGCACAGACGGAAUUGUUCUACGAUAGUGUUUUCAAGGCAGAGUUAGACGCUGAUUUGGCUUCUUCCUAUGACUUGGAAAUUGUUGUUGUACAAGUCAGAGUUUCUGAUGAUCCCAAUGAUUCAUUUCCAGUCAAGAUUGACUAUGAUGCCCAGCUCAACUUUGAAGACGAUUGCGAUCCACCCUCGGAAGAAGACCUUAUCGAUAUUAUGUGGGCUGCAGACUAUCAAGACUACAUUGUCAGCUAUGUUUGGAAUGCAGGCUAUGGAUUAUUCUUUGAUGUUCAAAGCGUUUAUUUUGAUGCCAGGGACUCUUUGGGGCCCACGGAAGCACCCACUCUGGGUUCUACAGGCACAAUAGUCCCCACCUUUGAGCCCACCGAAGCUCCGACCAUGGGUGGACUAGUCCCCACCUUUGAGCCCACGGAAGCUCCGACCAUGGGUGAUUCUGGAUCCAUAGUACCCACUGGCACAACGGCUGGUGAAGAGGUUGUCGUCGAGUCUCAGAUCAAGUAUGGAUUCUUUUCUGGAACGACCAUACGAAAACCCAGCGACGAAGAGAUUCAACAGCUCAUGGCGGAAACAGAGCGUUUCUACAGAGACGUCUUACAGGAUGCUUUUGUGGACUUUGAUGAUAUUGAGUUGGUAUAUCUCGAGGACUUGUUUGAUUCUAAAGCAAACCUUCCCGUGCAAGUCAACUUUGAUGCAGUGGCAACCUUCACGAACAGCAAUGCCCCCAGCAAAGAAGAAAUGUUCAUUGUCAUGGAGAACGCAAAUUAUAUUGACUUCAUCACUCUCUAUGUGUGGAACGUAGGACCCGGGAACAUCUUUUUCGACACUCAGGAAGUGCAGUUCUCCGCCAGGGUUCCGCCAUCACAGGUCGUUGUCGAGGCGAGCAUUGAAUAUGGUUUCUUUGAUGAAACUGACUUGCGCGAGCCAACAGCCUCCGAGUUGGAAGCCAUGAUAUCCGAAACCAAACGUUUCUAUGAGGAACGAGUUCUUGAGGAUGAAUAUCGAAAGUUUAAAAGUGCCGCGAUCCGGAACGUCGACUUUGACUUCGAUCCCGAGGAGGGCCUCCCAUUGGUGGUGCACUUUGAUCUUGUGGCUACCUUUAAAGGACCCCCUCAAGCUAGUUCGAUUCCAACCAGCAGUGACAUCUUUGAUGCAAUGGAGGCUGCUGACUACCAAUUGUUCAUUAUUGACUAUGCAUGGGAGGCUGGGGGGCUUUUCUAUGACGUCAAUUCAGUCGCUUUCAACGAAAGGUUCUCCAGGUCGGCGGGGAGAAGUGCUGUAGAUCGAUCUGGAGCGGCAAUCAAGCCGAGAACUGUCCAUUCAAAAGCCAAGGACAAGUCCCAGAAGCUUGUCGUCGUGGACAGAUCUGGAAAUGUUCUCGAUGGAUCAUCCACCGCGAUUGUAGACAAAUCUGGAAGCGACCACGGUGACUCUUCUUACGCACUUGGCAAGGUGGACAAGUCCAAGAGGCUUGUCAUCGUAGACAGAUCUGGAAAGGUCCUCGAUGGAUCGUCCACCGCGAUUGUUGACAAAUCUGGAAGCGACCACGGUGACUCUUCUGGCGCACUUGAAAAGGAAACCCAUACCAUUGUAGUUCCUACAACAUUGCACUUUGAGUUCUCGCCUGGAAGAGAAAGCAUGUUGCAAGACGGGGAGGCUGCAACCGUGCUGGCGCAAGUGUCUAGUUUUCUCCAGUUUGUUUUCUCUCAGGACGGCUUUUCGAUACCGGCUUCCUCGGUGGUUGGUGUUGCAACGGAGUCGGCUGAGGAUCCGUAUUAUGACACUGGUGGUUUCGCAAUGAAGUUUGAUAUCGUGGUUGAACUCAGUGACGCAUCGCACACUCUGAGACAAGUCCUCAACAAGCUCGGCAAGGCCAAUUGGAGUGACUUCAUGAACUAUUAUAUCAACGGAGACCCCGCGACGCCUUUGGAUGGCAUUCGAAAAGUUGUCUUCAAAGGGGUGGGAAGCGGAGCUUAUCGUUAG